AUGCCCUCACCACUGAAGAAUCAGCCACCCCUGAAUAUUGCCCGCUUUACUGGAUUUUUCAUUGAAUGCGUUCUGACCGGUGUAUACUGGGUCCACUUCUUCCUCUAUGUGGAGAGCGUGCGCAAGCGCUCCAAGUCGUCGGGGCAGAAUCUGUUCAAGACGCCCAUGUUCGCAGUUGGCGCGACGAUCUUCAUCAUAGCCACCGGGCACUUCAUUGUUCUUGUCAUCUCUUCCUUCCUCGCGUUUGUGAACUGUGUGACAACAGAUGCGCCGUUUGAUCAAAGAGGAUAUCUGUCGUUGAGCUCUCACUGGGUCAUCGCGUACAGCUCGAUGUACAUACCUAUUCCUGUGGUCGCGGACGCAUUUCUCAUAUACCGGCUGUUCAUUGUUUGGGGUAGGAAUGUCGUGAUCACGAUUCCGGCUGUCUGUCUGUGUAUCGCUCUGCUGGUCACGGAAGCUGUGGCAGCCAAUCUUUUUAGAACAUCCUUCAAUACUAUUUUUGAUAAAUCGCGACGCUGGUUGGUCUCUGCCUUCGCUUUGACGUUUGCAUGUAAUAUAUAUUGCACUUUUCUGAUCGCGUUGCGCAUCGCUUUGGCUCAGCGCAGUGUGAGAGAUACGAAACUCAAUCCUAAGACGACGAAGCUACAGAAAUACCUGGAGAUCCUCAUCCAGAGCGCCGCCCUAUACUGCUUUCUGGCACUUCUGUCGCUAAUUUUCUCCGUAGUAGAGUCUACAGCGGUCUAUAUAACCAUAGGCGCCACAAGCCCGACAAUCGUCAGUGCGUUUCGUUACGGGAACUCAGUUAGAUCUGACAGAUUAAUCCAGGGAAUCUGCUUCUGUAUGAUUGUGACUCGUCCCUACAACGUUGAUGUGGGACAGACAAUUGGAACCGUCACCUCUGUCCAUCCUUCAUGGCGCGCGAGUGGUGUCCCGUUGGCUGAACAAGGCAGUGAGGGUUUCAGAGCUCUUGAAGAUCCAGAAAGAACGUUAGCAGGUAACGAGACGAAAGGAGAAGAACGGCACCUUGAAAGACCGGUGACGCAGCCAUGCAUUCCAGCGCAAGACGACGUGUUUACGACAGACAGCUUGGACUGUGUUACUACUAUGCAGGGAAAACACCUAAGUAUAUAA